AUGGACGACGCGAGACGUCGCGUGGCGCAAAUUGCGAAUCACGUCACGGCUGCCGACGACGGCUUCUCGCGACAAACCUACGCCCGCGCCGACGCCGCGCGCGUGAGCUCGUACGAGCGCGUGCACGGUGACGUCAGUCGUGAUCCCGUUUCGUGGGUGAAGUGCGCGCCGGGCGCGGAUGAACGCUCGGUGGCGUCGCAUUACGAAUUGCGCGACGUGAUUUAUGAAAAGUCUCCAGAGGGCAUCGCGCGGGUGACCAUAAAUCGACCCGAACGUAGAAACGCGUUCACGCCGCGAACGGUGAAGGAGAUGCGAUGGUGCAUGGACGACGCGAGAGAUGAUAUGACGAUCGGGGUCGUGGUGAUGCGCGGGAUGGGAGAUCUGGCGUUUUGUAGCGGCGGCGAUCAGAGCGCGAGGGGCGACGGCGGAUACGUCGACGCCAAGGCGGGAGGAGCGGAGGAGACGCCGAGAUUGAAUGUGUUGGACUUACAGAUGCAGAUACGAAGGAUGCCGAAACCCGUGAUCGCGAGCGUGGCGGGGUACGCGGUCGGAGGAGGACACAUUCUGCACAUGGUGUGCGAUCUGACCAUCGCCGCGGAUAACGCCGUGUUCGGCCAGACGGGGCCAAAGGUGGGAUCGUUCGACGCCGGUUACGGAAGUACGCACAUGGCGCGGUUGAUAGGUCAAAAGAAGGCGAGAGAGAUGUGGUUCUUAGCGCGUUUAUACAACGCGAGCGAUGCGUUGAAGAUGGGAUUGGUGAACACGGUGGUACCUUUAGCCGAACUCGAGACGGAGACGGCGGUGUGGUGUCGAGAGAUUUUGCGCAAUUCGCCGACGGCAAUUCGACUGUGUAAAAAUGCAUUGAAUGCGGCCGAGGACGGGCAAGCGGGCAUUCAAGAUCUCGGUGGAAGCGCAACGCUGCUAUUUUAUCAAUCAGAAGAGGGUAACGAAGGUCGACGAGCGUUCUUAGAAGGGCGCAAGCCAGACUUUUCCAAGUUUAAACGAUUUCCGUAG